UAUGUUCCCUUGUUAGUUGUAAACACGAUUUCAACUUAUAUACAAAUACAAAUUUUUGAAAAUUGUUGAUUCACCCAUACUUUUUUUCGAAAUUGAAAUCAUGCCUUUGGAGAACCAUAUUCCGACCUGGUACGACACCGAAAUUCGGUUCGACCUCAUGACCAGAUAUUUGAAGCUGUGCACGGGUGAGAAAACGUUUGAAGUUUUGGACCCCGUCGAGGACACCAAAGGCAACAAUGGCGAACCUGGAAAACUCGUCGUCACUAAUUUACGACUCAUUUGGCAGUCCAAAAAAUUCCCGAAAAUAAAUCUAUCAAUCGGUUACAAUCCGAUAACUUCGAUAAACAUCAAAUCCGUCACAUCCAAACUUCGCGGAUUAACUGAAUCACUGCACAUUCUCGCAAAAACUAAAGCGUCCCGGUACGAAUUCAUCUUUACGAAUUUGGUCAUUGACAACAACCGACUGUUCUCUGUGGUCCUCGCCGUCCAAAAAGCGUACACACAAUCCCGGCUUUAUCGCGAAAUCAAGAUGCGAAGUGGCAUCGUAGUUGCCAACAAAAAGUUGCAAAUGUUGCAAAAAGAACAGAUUUGUGAACAAGUAAAUGGCGUCUGGAAUUUGAGCAGUGAUCAGGGAAAUUUGGGCUCCUUUUUUAUCACGAAUGUCCGCGUCGUCUGGUACGCGGCGUCCAACGAAUUGUUCAACGCUUCAAUUCCAUUCCUACAAAUUGCCGAAAUAAAAAUUAGAGACUCCAAAUUCGGAAAGGCGUUAGUCAUCGACACGACGGAAUCCGGGGGCAGCUACGUCCUCGGUUUUCGGAUCGACCCGAAAGAAAAGCUGCUCAGCGUCUACAAAUCGCUAAUGUCCAUUCACGAAACGUACAUGACUUAUCCCGAGUAUGGCGUCGAGUUCAAUCCAGACUCCAUCGAGGCAGAAUCCGAAGAGCGUAAAACGCGCCUGGCCAAGGGCGUCGUCACUUUUGCGGACGAAGUCGAGGAGAUCGAGGACAACCCGGAAUUGGUCAGUGACGCCUUCGGCGCCUACUUCGCGGACGGAUAUCGACACGAAAAUGCGGCCGAUCGCGAAAAAAAAGUGGAAAUCAUUUUCUGCGAAGAGCUCGGACUUGCCGUCGAGAAACCGAAGGAUGGUUUCACAAUGCAGCAAUUGUGGGAGGUUAUCCCGUCAAAUUGAUAAGCUAGGAUUGAUAAGCUUAAAUAAAUAUUGAAUCAUUUUCGACUUUUGAUAAGCUAUUAUUAGUUUCAAACGUUGUAAAUGUUUCAUAAACAGAAACUGUAUAAGAAUCUAUUCUGUUGUUCUGUAAAUAUUUCCAAGUUUUCAUAAAUGUCCACCAUCAAAUUGAUAAGCUAGAAAUGAUAAGCAUAAAUAAAUAUUUUGUUGUUUUCGAACUUUGAUAGGCCACAAGUUUCAGAGUUUGUUGAUAUGUUUCAAAACAGAGGGUCAAAAUUUCUAAAAAUUUGUCAAUGUUUUUCUGUAUUUCCUAAUUUUCCUAAAAAUAUUAAUACUUCUUGCAUACAUUUUUAUAUAUUUCAG